UCUAAGUGAAUCGGAGGCCCAAUCCCAGCACUGUAGGGAAGAGAUGUUUCAAAGAUACAGAGGAACAGGUGAUCCGAAAUCCUGGAAUCUCCGCGGUUUAUGGGCUCAAUGGCAACACCAGUUACGUGUUAGCACCCUUUUAGACUACUUGAUUUGCCAGUGACGAAUGACAAUUGCUAGGGGCAAUGUCAUGUCGACAGCCUGUAAGAAGUCAAAUACUUUUUUCUUACUGUCUUCAACAGUUGUUUACGAGCAACUCAUGCCGUCUGUUAAUUGGUUGAUCCUGGGGAUUUUUUUAUCACUGGGAGCACAGAGUGAACAGAAAAAUUUAUCAACCACUACGGACCUACUCGACUCCUUGCUAUCAGAAAACAAGUACGAUAGAAAAAUCCGACCUGGUCUAGGUGGUCCUCCUACUGUGAUUCAAACAGACAUAGAAAUUAGAAGUUUUGGUCCUAUAUCAGAAUCUGAAAUGGUUUAUUCCAUGGACUGCUACUUUCGCCAAACAUGGAAUGAUUCCAGGUUGCAGUUUCAUCAUUUACUUAAUGAAAAACUAAGGCUUCAGGUUUUAUCAAUGGACUGGAAAUUUCUCCAGAAAGUUUGGAUUCCGGAUACUUUUUUUCUAAAUGGUAAAAGCUCAUAUCUUCAUAAAGUCACAGCUCCUAACAAGUUCAUCCGUCUUCACAAGAGUGGCCAGCUCAGGUAUUCUAUGAGGUUGACAGUCAAAGCAAGUUGUCCAAUGCAUCUUCGAAAGUAUCCUUUGGAUACUCAAGCAUGUCCAUUAGAGAUUGGAAGCUAUGCUUAUCCUACUCAUGAUGUGUUUUACAAAUGGAAAGGACCUGAUGCAGUCACAUUAUCUAAAGAUGUUGUUCUUUCACAGUAUGACUUCGUCAAUAUUUCAAUUUCUCAUCGUACAAACGUAGUAAAAGUAGGAAAUCGCGAAGAUCAACGUUCUGUCCUUCUUGUUCAUUUUAAAAUUAGAAGACGGAGAGGGUACUUCAUACUUCAAAUUUACGCUCCAUGUGCUAUGAUUGUUGGGGCUUCUUGGGUAUCUUUCUGGAUUAACAGAAGUGAUGCAGCAGGAAGAGUAGCUGUUGGUGCUACAACCGUAUUAACAAUGGUAACGAUGGGAUUUGGUGGACGAGGUCGAGAGAAGGUCAAUCAGGCUACAGCUAUCGACUGGUUUGUCAUCAUGUGCUUCACAUUCGUGUUCGCCGCAUUAGUCGAAUAUGCUUUUGUUAAUUAUAUAGAUACGUACGAAAAGAAUCAGAUUAAAAAGCAACUAGAAUUGGAUCGUGAAAAGAAAAAGAAGGAAACAGCACUCGAUACCAUAACAGAACCAGCGGAAUCUUCUCAGGCAGCACAAACUUCCAGUGGUUUCAGCACAGUUCGAUUCCAAGAAACUGCAAAAGAAAAUCACAUAAAGAAAAAACCCGAUGACCAUAUGCGCCAACAACAAAUGCAGCUUCAGCAACUUGGCCAAAGACUUUCUUUAAGGAGACGGCCAUUUACAGCAGGUAGACUUUCAUUAGAGAAAAGUGGAGGGUACAGAAACCGCCAUAUUGCCAGUAAAGUUGAUAGCUAUGCUCGCAUCGUAUUUCCAGUUACUUUCAUUGUACUUAAUGUAAUGUAUUGGACGCUGUUUCUGCAUAUAAUGGACGAUGAAUUAACUUACUUAACAGAGCAGGAUGGUUCCGUUCACUAAAGCCUGAGAAUAUUCAGUGAGAUAGUUUGAAGCUUUUUAUUCUGAAUAAAGUCACAUUAUUUCCAAAGAUUUGUGUUUGCUUACGACUGCGCUGUACUUCAGUUUUCAAAUAAAUAAAAGAUAUUUUUAUGUUGUA